AUGACGAGCAAAACUGAUUCUGUAACCCAUUAUAUGGUUCUAGGGGUUGAUCUUGAUUCAUCACUCGAAGAUGUUAAAAAGGCUUAUAAAGAGAGAUUACUUACUUCUCACCCUGAUAAGACAGGUAUAGAGGCUAAUAUCAUGCCUUCCACUGACAUCAAUAGAAUUAAGGAGGCCUAUAAAGUCUUGAGCAACCCAGUAUUAAGGGCUGAAUAUAAUAAUAUGCUAGAAAAAUCUAAUAAUUUACAGGGGUUCCAUAAUUGUGGUGAUGGUUUGGAUGAAUAUUCUUUAGAUGAAUUCAUUUUCAAUCCUGUUAAUUAUCAUUAUACUUUAGAUUGUCCACGUUGUAAAGCAAAGGAAGGUUUUCAAUUAACGGAGGAGACUUUGGAAGAACAUGUUACUGAAAAUGAUGCCACUCAAACAGGCUUUCAGUUGUUAGUUCAAUGUUCUUCUUGUAGCCAAUGGCUGAAAGUGCAUUUCGAUGUGGGUGAUGCCUAUGAAUAA